AUGCAAAAUUAUGGUAGUGUACCUAUUAAUGAUAUCUGGGAUGAUGUCAUAACAAAAAAUACGCCGGUAUGGAGUGGCGGUGGCUCAGGACAGUUGUUAACAGGUUCAGGAGCAGAAAGUGCACUUAUAAAUGGCACCAAACCAUCGAGAAAUACAACAGAAAGUAACAAGAUAAAUAAUUACUGA